GGGGGAGGUUUGGAGCAGCUCGGACUCUCGUUGUUUAACAGCAUUUCUCUGCCGGGAAUAGCCAAAAUACUUUCUAGGAUUCAUUUAAGGGGCUCUCUUUUGUAAGAACAGAACACUGAACGACGAUUUCGUUUUUGGGUUUUCUGUUAAAGUGAGUUGAACAACUUUAGGAUCCAGUUUUCGGAGGUGAGGAGACUUAAUUUCAUCGCGAGCGGAACGGUUUGGGAUAAAGGGACUACCAAAACCACCGCACAGGCUGCACUCCCGUACUGUCCUCGGACCUGUUCAGGUUAGCUCGGUAGGAUAGAAGAAGCUAAAAAUUAAAAAAUUUAACAAACAUCACACUGUUUGUGAAGUUUUUCCCUGCUGCUUCGUUGAUUAUUUUGGGGUUUUCGGACUGAGGGACAUUCUUUUUCCUCUGUCGCUCAAGUUUGGCAGAAAAUAUGCGCAAACCUGUUAGUUAAACGCCGAUAGCUCGGAGUGGAAGCGAGCUUCACACGUUUGAAUCUGGAAAUACUGUUUUUCGGGAAGUUUUUCUGCAUCCAGUUUCAGCCCAGCAGCCUUCCUUAUCUGACCAACACUGGCUGUUUCACAGCCCCCCGCCACCAAGUUCAGCACUGUGAAUGACCCACGGCUGAUGCCCCAAAGGUCUGAAUGGAGUUCCAGUUGCAGAAAAGCCAACUUUUGUAGCUCCCUCAGCAGGAUGCUGAUGAGGCAAAGUAUACUUCUGUUUCUGGCUUUAUUCGCCCAAGUUCUAAGGACCCAGUGCCGACCGGCCAGUGCCGAUGAAGUCUUUGUGGAAACGCAAGCAGAGCUGUUUACGCUCUACAUUGGGGAUCGGCUGGAUCUGAGUUGCUCUGCCAAGGACUCCCUCCAUGCUGUCAACUGGACCAAAGACCAUGUGGCCAUAGUGGAUGGAGAACACACACGCAUCCGCAACAGCCAGCUGGAGAUCGAGACUGUGGAGCUGACAGACUCUGGUCUGUACUCAUGCACCACAUUCGGCAACCACAGCCUCUACUUCAACGUUACAGUUGAUACCCUGGCCUCAUCUGAGGAUGAUGAUGAAGAUGAAGAGUCUUCAUCAGAGGAGGCCAAACUGUUGGGCAGUCAAAAACUGCUGCCAAUGGCCCCACAAUGGGCUCAUCCAGAAAAAAUGGAGAAAAAGCUUCACGCUGUCCCAGCCAGUAAGACUGUGAAGUUUCGAUGCCAGGCCAGCGGCAACCCAAAUCCCACUCUGAAAUGGUACAAGAAUGGCAAGGAGUUCAAGAGAGACCAUCGCAUCGGAGGCUUCAAGGUCCGUGACCAUAUGUGGACCAUCAUCAUGGAAUCUGUAGUUCCCUCUGACAAGGGAAACUAUACCUGUGUGGUGGAAAACCAGCAUGGCAGCAUCAAUCACACCUACCAGCUGGAUGUAGUCGAGCGCUCUCCCCACAGGCCAAUCCUGCAGGCUGGCCUGCCUGCCAAUCGCACCGUAGCAGUGGGCAGUGACGUGGAGUUUGAGUGCAAGGUGUUCAGCGACCCUCAGCCUCACAUCCAGUGGCUAAAGCAUAUCGAGGUCAACGGCAGCAGCCUUGGUCCUGAUGGUUUACCGUAUGUCCGUGUCCUCAAGCAUUCUGGGGUCAAUAGCUCGGACGCUCAGGUGCUGACCCUCUACAAUGUGACUGAGGAGGAGAGCGGAGAGUAUAUAUGUAAAGUGUCCAAUUAUAUAGGAGAGGCCAAUCAGUCAGCCUGGCUGACUGUCACCAGAUAUGAGCCCACAGCUGUCACGCACUACCCUCCAACCAGCCACACCUACCUGGAGGUGGUCAUCUACUGUGUGGGCUUCUUUUUCAUCGUUGUCAUGAUCGCCAUCGCAGUUAUCGUCAAGAUUCGCACCUCUUCGAAGAAAAGUGACUUCAACAGUCAGCUGGCUGUUCACAAGCUGGCCAAAAGCAUCCCCCUGCGCAGACAGGUAACAGUGUCUGUGGACUCAAGCUCCUCCAGCCACUCUGGAGUGAUGCUGGUUCGCCCCUCCCGCCUGUCUUCUAGCGGAUCUCCAAUGUUGUCAGGGGUGUCUGAGUAUGAACUGCCCCAAGAUCCACGCUGGGAGCUUCCCCGCAGCAGACUUGUUCUCGGGAAGCCGCUGGGUGAAGGCUGCUUCGGUCAGGUCGUGAUGGGAGAGGCGCUGGGUCUCGACAAAGACAAGCCAAACCGUGUGACCAAGGUUGCAGUCAAAAUGUUGAAAUCUGAUGCCACAGAGAAAGACCUGUCAGACCUCAUUUCAGAGAUGGAGAUGAUGAAGAUCAUCGGGAAGCACAAGAACAUCAUUAAUCUGCUGGGAGCCUGUACACAGGAUGGUCCUCUGUAUGUGAUAGUCGAGUAUGCAUCCAAGGGAAACUUGAGGGAGUACUUGAGAGCUCGGCGCCCCCCGGGCAUGGAGUACUGCUACAACCCAGACCACGUUCCUGUGGAGAACAUGUCCAUCAAGGACCUGGUGUCAUGUGCUUACCAAGUGGCACGAGGCAUGGAGUAUUUGGCCUCCAAAAAGUGCAUCCACAGAGAUCUUGCCGCUCGCAAUGUUUUGGUAACAGAGGACAACGUGAUGAAAAUAGCUGACUUUGGCCUGGCAAGAGAUAUCCACCACAUCGAUUACUAUAAAAAGACCACCAAUGGUCGUUUGCCAGUCAAGUGGAUGGCUCCCGAGGCUCUGUUCGACCGGAUAUACACACACCAAAGUGAUGUCUGGUCAUUUGGGGUGCUGCUUUGGGAAAUCUUCACCCUGGGAGGUUCUCCGUAUCCCGGCGUCCCAGUGGAAGAGCUGUUCAAGCUGCUGAAGGAAGGUCACCGUAUGGACAAGCCCUCGACAUGCACGCACGAGCUGUAUAUGAUGAUGAGGGACUGCUGGCAUGCUGUGCCCUCACAGAGACCCACAUUCAAACAGCUGGUGGAGGAUCUAGAUCGCUGCUUGGCCAUGACAUCCAACCAGGAAUAUUUGGAGCUCUCUGUGCCUCUGGACCAAUAUUCCCCCAGCUACCCCGACACCCGCAGCUCCACCUGCUCCUCCGGCGAGGACUCUGUCUUCUCCCACGACGCUGGAGCCGAGGAGCCCUGCCUGCCAAAGUUCCCUCCCCACUCCAAUGGGGCAGCCAUUAAGAAACGCUGAUACCUCAUCUCUCCAUUCAGACAAACAUUGACAUUUCCUCCGCUCCCUGCCUCAUGGGGUUGGACUCUUCCCCCAUAUUCCCAGAGAUGAAGCUUAAAAAAAAAAAAAGAAUAAGAAAAAACACUGGUGCUCUGCGAGAAAGGAGCUUGGAGACACCUUGUAGAACUUGUUGGAUCACAUUGACUGAAGAGUGCAGCAGUUUUCCCGGUUCUUGGCGGUGACGAUUGGCGGUUUAUGGGGCACUUUGUAUUAACGGGAGUGGCCGUUUGUCACAGUGUCAGAAAAAAAAAAAAAAGAAAAAGCAGACUCCCACUCUUCUCUCCACUUUGGGCAUUCCACGGUUCAGGAGAAUGGAAAGGACUGACUGUGAUUAUGUCAGGUUUCUGUUGGUUUUUUUUCCCCCCUCCAUGGUCGUUUCAUCAGUAGUGAAGGACAACAUUCUGCUUUUCAGACCAAAUCCAGAGAAAACAACCAAGCGGACACACAGCACCGUGGUUCACAGCAUCAUUCACUCUUUUCUUGUAAAUACAGUUAGAAAAUUAUAAUUAUGAAUAUAUAUUUACACUGUACUCUUAUUUUUAUUACCAUAAUUGAUUUAUUUUCUUUUGUACAAGGAUGCUUUUGUUUGAUCCAUUUUUGAAUAUAGUCAGUAGGGGCAGUUGUUACAUGAGAAUAUCUUAAAAUUGCUGAGGAUAACAUGGCCAGUUUUUGUUUUGUUUUUUAAAUUUGCAGCAUCACAGCUUUGAUUCCCCUAAAUUUACUGCAUAAUCAUCAAUGGAAAAAUUAUGUAUUGGGUUUUCUAUUUUUUAACUAUAAGUGCUUUUCAUGACACAACUUGCAAUACAGUGUAACACAGUGUUUGGGGUUUCUCUCCAUGAAAAGAGAUAGAUUUAUGAAAAACGUGUGUGUGUGUGUGUGUGUGUGUGUGUGUGUGUGUGUGUGUGUGUGUGUGUGUAAGUGUAAGUGUAUAUGCCAGGUUUGUGUGGGAAAAUUUUUAUCUUGUCUCAUUCAAAAUUGUUCAUCUACUUCAAGGAUGGUCACAACUGUAAAUAUUCCUGGUUGUACGCCAUGCUUGUUAAAACCCAGAGUAAUUUGCUUCAGUCAACAUCAUGCACUUCCACUGUGCAUGCCUUCCAUGUGAUGAACUUAUCUUCUACUGUAAAUGCUUUAACAGGAGGUACAUUUGCUGCCAUAUAACUUCCGAUGAAGGGUUGCAGAACACGUAUGUCAUCGUAAAAGGAUUACAUUAAAUAAAAUGCUAUCGAAAAAGGAA